CUUAAAAAUAAAUUAUGAUUAAGAGCGUAAUUUUUAAAUUGAUAAUCUAAUGAGAAACAAGUGUCUCCUUCGAAUCGAUACAUCGACGAUGGCAAAUUGAUAACUCGUCGUGCUUUCGAGAAUCGACUUUCGGACACGCGUUCGCUGAGGCUGUCAUUUCGUGUGUUUUAUUGCGCGAUAUCUUUAAAAAAGAAAAGAAAACGGUGAAGAAAUGGAGACCGUCCGACCAUGCGGCUGCAAAGGAAUACGUUCUUGUUUGAUUUGCGAAGACGAAUACGAGAUCUCGAAGCCAGACCUGAUGAGUGAAUUACAGAAAAACAAAAGUUAUAUUUAUUGUCCAUAUUGUAAUAAAUUAUCACCUGGAUGGAAUAUAGACGUAUAUAAGAAACAUCCUAAUCAUGGAGAAAAUUUAAUUGAUUAUCCUGGUGUUUAUAUUAAGCUAGAUUUUUUAAACAAAGAUGAAGCUAAGGAGCUUAUAGAAGCGCUCGAUGAUCUUCCUUGGGAAGCCUCACAAAGUGGUAGAAGAAAACAGAAUUUUGGACCAAAAUGUAACUUUAAAAAGCAGAAGUUGCAAUUAGGAACAUUUAAUGGUUUUCCCAAGACUACACGAUUUGUACAGAGUAAAUUUGAGGAAAUACCAUUGUUACACGGUUUUAAAACUGUCGAGCAAUGUUCACUUGAAUAUAAUCCUGAACGAGGUGCUUCUAUUGAUCCCCAUAUAGACGACUGCUGGAUCUGGGGUGAACGCAUAGUAACCGUCAACGUUCUCGGCGAUUCUAUUUUGACUAUGACUCCUUACAAUGGACCAUUAACACGAUACAAUUUAGAUUGCGUUUCAAAAUAUAAUUCAAUUUUAAACGAAGACGAUAAUACAUCAUCUCUAGACAUUGAUGAUAACGUAGUAGUACGAUUACCAAUGCCUGCGAGAUCACUUAUGGUUUUAUAUGGUCCAGCAAGAUAUAAAUGGGAACAUUCUGUACUUCGACAAGAUGUCACGUCGAGACGCGUUUGCCUUGCUUAUCGCGAACUAACGCCUCCGUAUCUUGAAAAUGGAGAGCAUCAAGAAGAUGCUUCUGAAAUUUUGAGGCAAACUUCAUUUUUUUGGUAAUGUUAAUAGGAAAUAUAUUUAAAUAAUUAUAUUUAUUUAUAAAAAAUAAUAUUCUUUAAGGAUGUA